AUGGGGACGCUUAUUGCAAAUAUAACAAAAUAUUACAACUACCUGAACGAGGAUUUGGCAGAUCCUCGGACUAAUCAUUUCUUCCUGGUCUCCACGCCCAUACCGGUGAUGACGAUAAUGUUUUUAUACCAUCGAUUCGUCAAAUCUUGGGGACCAGCGUUUAUGGCCAACCGACCAGCGUACGACUUAAAGAAUCUCCUUAUUUUAUACAACAUCAUACAGAUAUUUCUUUCUGGAUUACUCGCAUUUGAGUGUCUUCGAUGGCUGUACCUACCCGGUUAUUACAGUCUUUGGUGCCAGAAGAUCAACUACGAAGACACAGAAGUGGAACGUAUGGUUAUCAAUUACGUGUGGUUAUAUUACGCUAUCAAACUUGUAGAUUUAUUAGAUACGGUUUUCUUCGUGUUCCGUAAGAAAUUCAAUCAGGUAUCUUUUCUUCAUGUCUACCAUCACCUGGGAAUGUGCUUGCUGGGAUACAUCGGAACUAAAUACGUUCCCGGUGGUCACGGUAUAAUGUUGGGUUUUAUAAACUCCUUCGUUCACGCAGUGAUGUACACCUACUAUUUAAUAUCGGCUGUAAAGCGUGAGUGGGUUAGAAUAUGGUGGAAGAAAUACAUCACACAACUACAGAUAUUACAAUUCCUUCUCCUGAUUAUACACUUUGGCCACAUCUUAUUCGAACCUUCAUGCGGUUAUCCGAAAUGGGUGUCCUUUGUAUUUUUACCCCACAAUAUAUUUAUAUUGUUCCUAUUUUCAGAUUUUUACCUUAAGGAAUACAUUCACAAAAAGAAGAAAUAA